GACAUUGCCAAGCUGAUUAAUCUCCAAUUAGAUCGAGAACUGAUCCUGCUCAUCCUUUCAUUCGUCUCGAAUAGAACCUACAGGAUUUUCGUCAGAGAUACUUUAUUUUCUUCCAGAAAAAUCCUAAACGGAGUGCCCUAGGGUUCGGUAUUUGGCUCUGUACUCUAUCUGUAUUAUGUAGCAGCCUGCCCUAGGGUGCAAUUUAACAACAAUGCAAUCCUAGCCUGUUAUGCGGAUGAUACCGCCUUGGCAGUAAAAUCAGCCAGCAUCAGCCCCGCCAUUAAAAUGCUGCAAGCCAUCAUUCCGAGUAUAGAACAGUGGUGUAGCUACUGGAAAAUACGUAGUAACCCCCAAAAGUCACAGCUCCUGCUAUCUAGAAGGAAAAAACCGAAUUUAAAGCCAAAGAAAAAUCUCUUCCUUUUCAACGAGCUGAUACCCAUUGCUCCAAAGGCUAAUUAUCUAAAAAUCAUCACUAAUGACAAACUCACGCGGUCACAACACUUUGAUCACGUGAGGAGCAAAGCAAUCAGAGUCAUAAAGUGCCUACUUCCCAUCACAGGGAAAUUCUCAAAGCUUGAUUUUUCAAAAAUCAUCUACACUUCAAGAAUUAGACCCUUGAUGACAUAUACUUCGCCAGCUUGGGCUGCUGCUAUUCCUUCGGAUAUGUGCAAGCUUCAGGUUGUGCAAAACAUAUUUUUAAGGAUCAGCACUAAUGCACACUAUUUUGUUCGAAAUAAACUUCUACAUGUUGACUUUAAACUGGAUAACUUUCUCAGGAAAGCUAACAAAAAAUUCAUCAAGAAUGCUCAAUUUUGUGACCAAAUGGACUUUUUUCGAACUUUUCACUAGGAAAUGCUCAACGAAGAUAGAUAUCUUCGCCCUCAUGCAGCCUUCAUCCUCAGUGAAAGCCAGGACUCACUUAUGAAAAGUUUUUGUACAGUUAUGACACUACUUUAUUCAGAUAUAUUUUAUUUUCAUAGUUUAACCUACCCAACCGCUUCAUAUGGAGAAUGAAGUUAGUUUUACUUUCAGACUAAAAGGAAAUAAAUUUUAUGAAUCUUAACUAGAUAAAUUUUAUGAGUGAAUUUGUAAUUUUACUUUCACGCCUGUUCAAUUUUGUGGUCUGUGUUGUCCAGUUGUCUAAUUAACAUCUGUGUGCACCAGUUGUCUAAUUAACGGAAUUUGUGAAAUUAUUAGCAGUGUGAUGCGCAUAUAACACCCACGCUAGUCCAACAAUGAAUAUGUCUACCAUUCAUAUUAGUCAUACUAGUUGUUCCCUUUGUCACGUGCUUCUUGAUCAGCGGCAUCCAAAUCUCCGCCUUGUCAGUUAUUUGAUGUGAACAUAUUGACGCAUCACUGCGUAUAAGCGUCUAUCUCUAACAACUUCCUUAAUUACACGAAAAUACUUCUAGCUGUUCAUUGUUAAUAAAAAUCGUAAACUAUAUCGUGGAAAUCAGAGAAAAUCAUUGUAAAUAAGUGAAGAAUAAAUUAUAUCGGCAAAGGCGAACGAUGAGUGUAGUGUUCAACGAAAACAACAUAAGAAUAACAGUUAACGUAUCCUUUGGGUUACCAGGUUUGAGCUGUUAUCGCUUUUUUUGGCGGUGUUUACAUUUUCGGAGUUCUUUGCGGGAGUGCUUUCCAGCGGGAAUGUUUUAACAUGAAUGAAUUGUUUUUAGAAGUUUCUUUUCUGUAAAUUUUGGUUAGUAAUUUUAAUCAUCUUCUAAAAGCAGGGAUAAAUACUUGUCUUCAUCUGAGGCUGUGAGUAAGAUGUUUUCUAAUCGCUGGCGAUGGCCAAAAAAGCUUUUUCUCCUUUUCUCCUUUUUUCUUAUAGCAUUUUUUGGAACAAGGAUACUAUCAAAUAAAUUUCAUACCCUUUUAUCAUUUAUUUAUUAUUUAACAUUUCCGUCACAGUUACCUGUAACCACUUUUGUGAAAAAAGAACAUUUAGUAUCUGGAACUGCUACGCCAUGGGCUCCUAUAUUCAGUCAUUUAUAUUCGUGCCCUGUUUGUUUUGGAUAUGGAAUGUGUAAUGAAGUUAUGAAAGAUUCUGUUUUGUUUCAUGGUGAAUUGAGUAUGGCUCAUAAUACAAAAAUAAUGUGGAAAAAAGGAGUUCUGCGUACACAGAGAAUCUUAAUUAGUUCCCUUGUUACUGAGGAAUGGAACAAAUUUGAUGAAUUUAUAUGUAGGAAUGCUAGCCAAACUAUACCCUGUGAUUUGUCUGCUGCUAUUUGGAAAACUGUGUUUGCCAAUUCAAAUUUAUUAUCUACAGAAAACUUUAGGAAUUUAAAUGCUCUGCUUGACAUUCCUCUCUCUCAGCUUGCCCUACCAGUUUGCUCAAGUACUAAAUUAUUAAGUGAGCUUACAAAGAGCUUUGAUGAAAAUUUUGAUGGUCAUUUUAGUGGAGAAGAAAAAAUUUUGCUCCUUACUAGUCUUGUAAUGCAGCCAGGCUAUGUCAUUCUGAAGUUACAGGCAAAAACUAAGAUGACUAUGCCUAUACCAAAUUUACUUGGGGCAUGUGGACGUUCUGUUAUACUUGAAGGAGGCUUGAAACCUUUGAAAUCUUUUCUUUCGGAAUCAUUUGAUGCACGAGCAGGCUUGGCAAUUCAAGUCCUGCAGCUUGUUGAAGAUUUUGAGGAAGAAGAUCCCCAGUGGUACUUCAUUUAUUUAGGGUUUUCACUUGAUGGCAUAUUUGUUACUAAAGAGGGAGAAGUAGUAGUUAUGGAUUUGGAUAAUAUAGUUAUAUUGGACAAGUCCUCAUUUACUACAGAUUCAUUCAAGCUUUCAUCACAUACGGGCUUAUGUAAUGAAGUGUGUUUCCAAAAGAUUACUUUAGAGUUACUUUAUUAUCCAAAUAAUUCUUCAUGCAAUUUUAUAUCUGAAUACGGAUUAUUAAUGUAUGCUGUUGUUUGUAAGCAAGUCUUAUCAAACAUAGCUGAACAUAGAGCUGAAGGAUUUUUUAAUUUUGAUGGCUAUCGCAUUCAUAGGAAGCAAGAAAAUCCAGGUCUUUUACAUUCCAUUCCUCAUAAAAUAAAGGAACGUAUGGAAGAUUUAUUGAGGGAAUGUGUCCAGGAGACAAAACUGAAUGGCAGAAGGAAAGCUAUAACUGAAUUAAGAGAUAUGCUAGAAAAUUAUGUUAAUAUCAAUGAUUCAAAUGGACAUAGUUCUUAUGAAAAUACACCUUUUUGGACUUAUAAAAAGAACUCUAAAUGAAUUAAUGUGUUAACAUGUUUGACAAGUGUUUUGUUCUGGAUAUAUUUUGUAUGAAUUAUAUUUAUAAAUGCUAAAUGCAGAUUUGGAAAGCAUUUUGCUAUAAUGUUUCAUAUCUGGAUUUUUUCCACAAACUUUGGAAGUUGCUUGAAAAUAAGUGUGAGUAGUCUUUCAAAAUUUAAAAUGAAUGUAUUUAUAAAUAUGUACGGGGAAGUAUUUUUGUUUAGUUAUUUGUUAAUAAUUUGCAAAGAUAUAUUUUGUAUAUCGUAAUGUUUCAUUUAAAAAAAAAUUCUGAAACACUGCAUUUUAUUGGGUGCUUGAAAGUAAUGUAUGUAGAAAUUUCUUAAAAUUUUCAAGAAAAUUCCCUUUUGGUUAGGUUGUUAGUUUUCUCAAAUGUAAAGAUCAGUGUAAGGAAGCCAUAAUUAUUUAUAAUUUAUAGAGGGUGUGAUAAAUGAUUGUAUUUGUGCUAAUAUGCUAAUGUGUGUAUUAUUGCAUAAAGGACAAGAAAAAAAAAUAUUUGUGUGUAUUAUUGGUCUGUUUUAAGUGUUGAUAAUAGGCAUCAAGUGUGCAUUUGUAGCUGAAGGAAUUUUAAAAUUUCAUUUAUUCGGAAGAAAGUGUAGAAAUUUACUUUUCAAAAUAAAUAUUAAUUUUAGCACAUUAGAGUUUUCCAGUAUUUUCAUUAAGAUGCUACAGUUGUUUAAAGCUACCGUUCUGUGUAUAGAAAUUAGCAAGUAGUUAACCCUAUGAGUAGCAAAGUUUUAUGGAUCUCUUCAUGAAGAUCUACACGUAAACAACAUUUAUUUUUUAGAUUUGCACAACUGCUUAUUUUUCUUUGGUUUUUGAUCCUUCUAUACAUUAGGUUGAUAUUUAAAAGAAAAUAAGAAAAUUUUAAAUCAGUAAAAUCAGUAAAAGUAAUGUAUUAGAGACCACACAAAACUGAUAUGCUGUUUAGGAAGUUAAUGAUUGUAAAGAAAGACCAAUAAAUUAACUGCUGAGAUGAAUUGCAUUUACUGAUAAGAUUAAUGAUGUUUUUUUUUUUCAUAAUCUGAAGAGUUGUAACUAUGCUGCAAUUUAUGUAACCCCUUUUUUCUAUUUAAUGUGAAUAUGCAGGGGUUGUACAGAAGGAUGAAAAUGCAUGUUUAGAAUCUUAAUUUUGUUUCUGUCGAUUCUAAGCAAAACACUAAAGUAUCUACCAUAUUUUUUUACAUUAUUUAUAAUUUCAGAAGGCUGUCUGAAUGUAAUUUGGGCUGAGACUAACUUGGGAUUUCAAAAAUAAGUUGGUACAGUGAACAACCUGACUCUACACAGAGCAGAUUAUGUGACUGUGUAUUUGGUGCUUAUAAUGGGUUUAUCUAUAGAGACUGAUUCAAAAAUCAUAAUAGCGUGUGUUGUCUAGGGCAGUGUGUCAUUUGUGUGAUACAUUUGUGGAAGGGAAAUGAGCUUCAGUAAGAUUGAGACAGACAUAAUAAUAAUUGUUAUCUGAAAGAAGGUCAUGAUAGCAAAAGGAUCUGCUUGACUUAAUAUACUUCUACCAACCUAAAUUUUGACCCGAACAGUGUGAAAGAAAAGUAUAUCCAGCAGAGCUGCUGUUGCAGAAAACUCUGUAUCCCAGAUGAAUGCAAAUGGAAACCGCAGUGAUUCCAGAAACAUAAAACAUGGAAUGCUUAUCAGUGAAAAAAUGAGUUGAAACUCAAUAGAUCAACUGCAUACUAUUCACCACUUUAGUGUGUAACACUUUAGUGUAUACAUAGUAAAUGAUGAAAAAUUUUUCAACCAAUAUCCUUCUUUCAUCAGGUAGUCAUGUUAGAGAUUCUAUCAAGUUUGAGAUAAUUAGGCAUUAGUUUUAGAAAGUCUCAUUCUCCCCUUAAGAGUAAGAAUAGAACCAUUUUGUGACUUUUCAGAAACAUAGACAUUAUUUCCUAUAAAUAGAUGCACCUUUCAAGACCACAGCACCCUACUUCAUUAACUGGGAACUUAAGUACAUAGUAUGUUCCCUGGCCUGUGUAAUUACAAGACUUAAAUGUCAUAAAGUCAUUGUUUUCUGUGUUGGAAAUUGGUGAAAUCUUUUAUCUUGCUUGAGUGUACACCAAGGAAAUGGAGUUCAUUUUUCUUUGAAGACUGCCGUAACAUAUCACUGAUCACCAUCCAGCAUUUUCUGUGCAUCCAUUCCAAGAAGGCUUUAAUUCUGAAAGCUUGUCGUGUUCUGUAUUAAACCUGGGUUUAUUUGAUUUUGGCAAAACACAAAACGGCUGUCUGCCUUAGGAGAGGUAUCCCUUCCUGGAGGAUUUUCGAGAGAAAACUGGCCUCGAUCCGCAUUACAUAUGAGGAAAACCAUGAAAGUAGCCCAUGCAGCAAGCCCAUUCACUUGGAAUUGACACAGGUCAAAAUACUACCGUUCAGCAAAUCUGCUUGGCCACUGGUGGACCUUUGUAUAAUGUGCCCAAUAUCUUAUUUUGUAAAAUGUUUCCAUUAUUUUCUACAUCCCAUGUGUGUGUUUCAGUGUUGUUUAAAAUAAAUGUUCUUUACAUGAUCAUUGUAUUAUAAAGCUUUUGUAUACAUUAUAUUUUUGUUUCUAAAUAAAUUUUAAAUGAGUUGUUUAAAAAAUUGUAUUAUUUAAUUAAAAAUUUUAUAUUAAGUUAUAUUUUCUGCAUCCUUUGAAUUGUAUGAAAUUGUUAUCAGUUGAAUUUUACUUUAAGUAUCUCUGUAUAUAUUAGGAUAAAUGUUUGAUGUAUCCUUUAUUUUUUCUUUUGUAAUUAAUGCAUAACUUAGCAUUCUGUAACAAAACACUGUUGGUUUUCUGCAUUAGUAAUUUAUGUUCCUCGACAAAACCCCACUAGAUGAAAUCAUAUGAGAAAACGUUUCUGUAAUGAAUCCCUGCAUGAUAAAUACCCACAUGGACGAAAGUGCAUACAGGUAAAAGUUUACACUGAUAAAAGCUGACAUUGAUAAAAGCCUUGUGAAUAAAUGGACACAUUUUUUUAUCAGUAUAAUAUAUUUAUGAUAGUAAAAAGAAUAUCUGAGUGAUUUUUUUAUGUCUCAUAAAUAUGUCUGUUUAGAUGUUUUAUCACUACUGUUUUUUGUUUAUUUUAUUAGAUUAAAAACAGACUUUUUUGCUUUCUGAUUAAACAGUUAGCUAUGAAGUUGUGAUAAUAAAUCCGAAAAUUAAUUUUAUUUAUUUAUGUGUUUUAUAUAUGUAUAUAAAAAUGAAAAAUAUCAUUUAAAGUUUCUCAAAAACUAUUUUUAGUGUUACAAAGCUAAAUUAUACAUAUGUUUCAGUCUUAAAAAGGGGGCGGGAUGUUAUUUAAUUAAAGAACACAAUAAAAAGUAUCAACAAUAAAUAUCUUAAAAUAUUAGGAUAUGCGUUGAAAUCUUUUAUUCAAUUCAGAUAAGUAUUACUUUAUUCAUUCUGUAUAAUGCUAAGCUGGAAUUAACAAUUACAUUAUUCAUGUUUAGUUUAAUUAGGAAAAAUACGUUUCUGAAUUGCUAAAUCCUGAUGCUUUUAUCAGUGUUGGUCAUUUCACUUUGAUUCGUGUCAUAUCAGUAUUUUCCACAGUGUUUGUUUUGGGGAAGGGCUUUCAUCCAGUCGGGUUUUCUCAAAUCAGCAUAAUAAAAACUCUCUAAAUUUAGUUAAAUUGGCUAUAAACAUAACUUUGAUUUAGCAUUCUUGAAUAAGUCUUUUAAGAUGAUUUUGUUGUUAAAUAAAAGUGUAUUUAUAAAUA